UUCUUCUGGGCAUCUCUAACAAACAAGUAUUCUUCAAAUCUCAACUCAAUAAUUGAUAUAUUUUUCUUAGUUUACUGAGCAAAUAAUUACUUUCUGGGCUGAAUUCACAAGGCCAGGGAAUGUAUAUAUAUAGUGCAGAGAGGGAAAGCUGAGAAUCGUCCACUGAACUCAACAGUGACAGAUUUGCAAGUAACAGACGACACAAUCGUCUCUGCUAUGAAGACAACAAGAAGUGUUGCCCUUCUUGGGCUUGCGCUUCUCAGCUGCCUUUCUGAUAUUGUUAUUGCUCGACGACUGGCCUUCUGCGACAUGUACCCAUUCUCUGGAGAAACAGAGUUUAACUGUCCCACCACUUACGAACCCAUCUGCGGGACUGACGGUGUGACCUACCCCAAUGAGUGCUCCCUCUGCAGAGAAAUCUUCCAUAACCGAGCCAUCGGCAAGAGGCAUGAUGGAAGAUGUCAUAAGUUCGACUGUAGUGGCUACCUGAGACCAAUCAGGGGUCGUAUGAACCCCUGCAGCAUGGAGUACAUGCCCAUGUGCGGGACCGAUGGGAUUACCUACAGAAACAAGUGCCACUUCUGCAAUGCUGUGAUGAGCGGACUGGACUUGGACCUGAACAAUAUCGGAGAAUGCUCCAGGGAGGAUAUUGACUGUGGUGAACAGAACGGCGAGAACCUUGUCUGCACCUCUGAAUACAGCCCCCUUUGUGGCUCUGAUGGCAGAACUUAUGGAAACCGGUGCCAUUUCUGCAAUGCAGUUUCAUUGAACCAGGGAGGUCUGUUCCUCAGGCACCGUGGUGAAUGUUAAGCCUGGAGCUGUGCCUUUCACCCUGAUUUUUCCCUUACAAAUCCUGAGAACACACACGAUCCUCCCUGCUCCUUUGACUGUUGCUCAUUGGUCUCUGCUUUGAUUGAUCAAUAAAUUAAAUGCAACUAC